ACCAGCCUGUUGCUGUUCUUGCCAUAGGUAGAGCGCGGUGACGUUCUGUCAGUCCAUUGCUGCACGCCCUUUCAAUGUCUUGUAAGCGACUGAACUGUCACCUUAGUUUGUGUGUUGCUAACUAGAGGCUCAAGCGAGAAGUUGCGACUGCUCAGGUCCAAAAAUGGACUUGGUACUGAAUUCAGCAGACUAUUAUUUUUUUACACCAUACGUCUAUUCGGCUUCUUGGAGUGAAGAUAAUGCUUUUCGGCAGCUCAUCAGUCUAUUCAUAAUUACAAAUCUAGGAGCUCUUGUCAUUUACUUUGUUUUUGGUGGUCUCAGUUAUUAUUUUGUCUUUGACCAUUCGCUGAUGAAACAUCCACAGUUCCUUGAGAAUCAAGUACAAAGGGAGAUCAAAUUUUCAGUAAAGUCUAUGCCAUGGAUAAGUGUACCGACAGUGGCCCUCUUUUUUGCCGAAGUGCGAGGAUACAGCAGACUUUAUGACGACAUUUAUAGUUCACCAUAUGGUUGGUUUGGGGUGAUUUUCAGCAUGUUUUCUUUUCUGUUCUUCACGGAUAUGUGCAUUUACUGGAUUCAUAGAUUUCUACAUCAUAAGCUAUUUUACAAGCGUUUUCACAAACCUCAUCAUCUUUGGAAAGUGACAACACCUUUUGCCAGUCAUGCGUUUCAUCCAGUAGAUGGGUUUAUGCAGUCGCUCCCUUACCAUAUAUACCCGUUUCUUUUCCCUCUGCACAAGCUAACCUACCUUGGACUCUACAUUUUUGUCAAUAUCUGGACAGUGUCAAUUCAUGAUGGAGAUUAUCGGGUCCCUAAAUUCCUUGAGCACAGCAUUAAUGGUUCUGCCCAUCAUACCGAUCAUCACCUGUUCUUUGACUACAACUAUGGUCAAUAUUUUACUCUUUGGGAUAAAAUAGGAGGUUCCUACAAAAACCCAUCUUCAUUUGAGGGAAAUGGUCCACAUGCUCUCUGCAAGAAGCUAGAGGAAGAAAAUCAGAAGCCACCUAAAUCUUUAUCAACUGGAAAAAAAAUGAUGUAAUAUUUCCAGUCGGGAGUUAAGAAAAUGGCUACAUCGACACAAGUCAUCCUCUUUAGUGGAAACUACAGAGUCCGAUUGCAGAUUUUCUCCAUUGCAUCACUUAUGGAAUGAGACUAAAUAUUAGCCAUUACUGCAAAUACAAAAAAAGGCCUGCAAAAUUUGUAUCUGAUAAAGGAAGGCUUUAAAUGUUCUUAAUAAAACUGGCAUUGUAGCCGUGUGCACGUAACACGUACACGUAUACUUUUAGAAUGACAGUAGCUGUAAUUCCUUCAAGUCCAUGUGGUACUAAACAACAGACUAAAAUUAAGAUAUUGAGAUUGCUAAAAACCCCAUCAGUUCAGUCUUUAAAACAAUGCUGUAACUAGUCUGUAGCUGAUUGAUCAUUCUGAGCAAUAGGUACUUCGAGACAACUGCUUGAUGGGAUAUAUACAGAGCAACAAAUAUCUUCAACUCAGGAACAAACAUCUGUUAAACAGGUGUAUAAAUAUAAAAGGUGUAAAUUCACAAAUCUCACGUUCAUACAAUAUAUACAGAAUACAGUGUAGAUAAUGCUUAUCCUAGUUACAUGCUUUCUUUUCUUGUUUUUCUGCAUUGUAACAUUGUUUAUCUCUGCAGAAACAUUGCAGCUCUGAAUCAAAGAAUGCAUGAUUUAUAGCGGACACUAGAUUCAGUUAAACUGCAUGUGCAUUGAUUCUAAGUUAAUUGAGAACUGUAUUUGCAACCAAGAAAAAUAAUACAUUAUACGUUAUUUAGAAACGUAAACAAAGUUUGGAAAAUAAAUUGUACACUUGUAAAAUAAAGUAUCACAUAAAACGCUUCAUUUAAAUUGUAAAAAGUGCUUGGAAGAGCACUUUGAGUAAUUUUACUUUAAUUUGGUUUUAGGGUUUGCAUAGGGUUCUCUGUAGAAAUAGAUGCCUUUAAUCAUAGUAUAUAGUUAAGUUAAUCUUAUACUACACAACAUGCCAUGCACUUAAAAUGGCAGUAUAAAAUGCCAAGGUAUUUAUCAUAAAAACAUCUACAUUUUCUGUAGUUUAUUUCUUUGUCUGUGGUUGAAAGGUUUAGUAAAGUCGUUCUUCUUAUUCUCUUUAGUCUUGCUGUCUUAUAUUGAUGUUGGUGAUUUUAUGAUAUACACUGGACCUUUUUAGGUGGAUGCAAUAAAUAAAUGACCCAUAAACACAUCAUUUUAUAGAAGCUUCUCUCAUGUCACUGCUUCCUAUAGGAAAACAUUGAAUAUUUUCUCACGCAGGAAGUAUGUAAAGUAGCUUUUUCAAAGCUAUUAGUAGAAUCAAAUGUAUUCAUCAAAUUCUUUUUUGGUACCUUCCAUAGAAAUGCUAGCCUUAUUUCUUCCACUGUUCUGUAUAAUAACCAUCAAUUUUCACGUUUAAUUUAAGUCUGUAAAUAAUAUAUUGUUUGUACGACCAAAAAAGUUAUGAACCAACAAAAAAAAACUAUAUUUUAAAUAAAUCAAAAUAUUUUUCAACAAUAAUGGCUUUUACUUUCUAGAACAUCAAUACAGUUACAAAAUAUUUUUCUGUCUUCACAUAAAUUACACAGCAUUUGCCAAAUUAAAAAUAGAAAAAUGCUUUAUGUGUAGAACAUAAAGAGAAAUAUAUUGUACACAGUGCACUUGGGGCCUUACUUCUGUCAGGUGUCUCUCUUCACCUACCUCACUUUGGCUUUUCCUUUUUUUUUCUCUGUGACUCCUCUCUUUCUACCUUCGCCUGCUCAUUCCCUCUGUAUUGUUAUGUUUUUAAAUGGUAUUACCAUAUUGCCAUUGAUGUAUACACUGUGAGACUCCCUUUAUUUUGUUGUGGAAAAAUAAAUAAAUAUCUUUUUAAAAA